AUGUUUGCCCCGGAACAACACCGACACAGAUUUAGUCCUGGAGGGUAUUCAAACUCAGCUGGAUCAGGACCACAGUUUAUGAUGAUGUACAGUGUAUAUCCAAAAACCAAUGGUGCCAGUUCCAGUUAUAUGAAUCAACACCCAGUGGCGGCCAACCCUGGAGUGGGUACUCACCCUGCAGUAUAUCAGUACCCACUCAAUUUUCCAGUGGUUGGUUUUGGCGGUUCACCAGGUGUUGCACAUGAAGAGGAAGAAACAGAAGGGACAUUUGAAGUUCAUGAUAGCCAUCUAAAGGCUCCAAUCACACUGCGGCCUAAUGUUGUAUUCCCUUCGGCUGGAAGUCAAGCACUCUUUGGUGGGCAACGUCAGCCUACCAGUUUUGCUGGUCGUAAUGCUAUACGUAUUUGUGAAUCUUUUCAAGAAGGAAGAUGUACUCUUGGUGAAAAUUGUGCUGAUAUUCACGUUUACCCUGAAUAUUUAAAUUCUACAAGACAGGCAAUGAUUGCUUGGCUUCAAAGCAAAGAACGUGAAUUUCAGCAAACUCUUAUUCAAGAUCCCAGAAGAGUAUUUCGUGUUUUCUGUGCUGAUCUUAAAGAGGUAGUUGAAGUACCUAUAUCUGCACUUCGUUUUACCAAGGGUUUAUAUGUAGAUCCAACCUUACGUGCUCGACGUGCACGAGGAGGACAUCAAAACCAAUUUGCUAUAAUGGCAUCACAAGUACCAACAGCAUGUGGACUUUUUUCAGUGGAACCUUCCCAAUGUAAAUGGGGACGAUGGUGUAAUCAAGUACAUAUUGAACAAACUUGGAUGCAAUCAAAAAAAAGUGAAUUUGAAUCAUGGUCUAAUGGUCUUGAAAAUCGUUUCAAUGAUUUACCUCCAGAUCACUUAUUUACUGUUCAUGACCCUCAACUUAAGAUGAGUUUAAAACUUCCAAAAGCUAGUAUAGCUGGUUUUUCACGUGGUUUAUUUCAGGGAUCUGCUAAAAAAGCCCCAAGUGUUUGCAUGUUAUUUCAGCGUAAUCGAUGUACUGCUAGUGCUUGUUGUAAUCAGAUACAUGUGGUACCAGCAUAUCUUCAACUUCACCGCCGAUGGGUACAAAGUGGUAAUCAUAUUUCUGAACAAGAGCGAGAGGAACUUGCGGAAAGUAUGAAUGUUAUGCUACAAUCCCUCACUUCACAAAGGGAAACUGAAAAUCUUGACUCAAGUGAUCCCUUCUCUCAGUCAAAAGAACUAAACCCAAAGGCAUUACCGUAUGUCCCAACACCUCCUCCUAUGGCUGAUGAGAAAUCCUUAUCACAUGCGGAUGAAAGUAAUACUCAACGACGUGAAAAAGAUCAACAUGGAUCUUCUGAAACUUUUCUUCGUCAAUCUGGGCAAUUACCCUCUUCUGACAAUGACGCUCCCAUGGGUCAAGAAGACUAUACAACACCUGUAAGGACGUCAGGAAUUCCAAAUCAUCGACAACAACAACAACAGCGCUACCGCCAACAAGAGCAACAACAACAACAACAACAACAGUUUCAGCAGAGCAAGAGUUCAUCUCUAAAUGAAUCUGGUACUAAUAGCAGUCGUAAUCAAAGAAGUAAUUCCUCUGGUUUGGUUUUACCAUUAGGAGAAUUUGUAGUGGUGGUAGAUACUGAUGAUCGUUCGCAGUCUUCGCUUCAGGCGAGUCAGGGUAAUAUAAGCCAUGCAGGUAAAAGCUACAGACACACUAACAAUCCAUAUGCUCUUGGGGGCAAUUCAAGUUGUACUGCAUCCCCAAGUUUUGGUUGGGUUCAACCAGUACGAAGUGCGGGAAACAGCAUCACCACAUUUCCCAAUGGUGGCAGUGGUGGUGGUGGUGGUGCUAAUAGUAGUGGUAGUGGCCCGUGGGGCUCUAGAGGGAGAGCGGACUCAUCUCCGGGUGUAGUAGAGGUACGCCCAACUUUCUUGGGAUUCCAACAUCAUGAGAUGGAUGGAAGUCUGCACAUAUCUUCCUCAUCGUCGCUUCACUGGAAUGCCUCUGGUAGCACAAUCACUCGUGCACUGGAGGAGUUUCAUAAGCCUACAACAGAGAUGGACUCCCCGCGCAUUUCAAAUGGCACAUUUUUUGGACACUGUUGA